UGAAGAUGUGGAGUUGUUUUUGCGUUGCAAUCGGAUUGCUGUUUUUUGUGGAUGUAGUGAAUCCGGUGCCAGAAACGGACUAUUGUACUUUAAAUAACUGCCUAAAAGACAGGGAACUUCCUCAUAUUGGAUGCCAUAAUACAGGGAACUGGUCGUCGAAGUGUGGAAAGGAUGCAAAGAUCAUUCCUUUAUCCCAGAGCAUGAGGAAUUUCAUCUUGUACUAUCACAACACAUAUCGCGAUAUUGUGGCCGGGAGCAAAUUCCACAGGUUACCGAACGCAGCACGCAUGCUCAUGCUGAAGUGGGAUCGCGAACUGGCAUACCUAGCUGAGCUCCUUGUGAAACGCUGUGACCUCCAACCCACAAAACACUGUAUUUCCACGGAAGUAUUCUCCUCUCCGGGCUACCAUGCGGUCUACAACAAGUUCAAGACGAAUGUGAAUCCGCUCAGGAUAAUUAGAUCACAGCUGAAUGCUUGGUACGAUCAGUAUAAGCACGUCACCGCACCCAGUUUAUUGGAUGGAUUGUCCAGUGAUAACAAAGAGAUUGGACACUUUCUGAGAAUGAUGGUGGGCCCAAGUAACCGUUUGGGCUGCGCCGUAGCCAGAGUCGAAAAGGAUGGAUGGACCCACCAAUGGCUAUCCUGCCUAUACAGCUGUGCACCCGAGAAGCACUCCGUCCUAUACGAGUAUUCUGCCAAACCCGCAAUGUAUUGUAGCACCGGCGUUGAUGGAAAGUUCCAAUAUCUUUGCAAUGUCUCAGAGCCUGUGGAAGAUUGCAGGCAUUCUGCGUUGUUCAAGGAAGUCAUUACUAACGAUACUGCAUCGCUUAUCAGGGGCAUGAUGAACCAAAAAGUCAAGUCCAGGACUUUAUGUGUAUUCUGUCCUCUCUGCUGCGCAUGGUGGAAUUGGGCUUCAGGUACUUGGAGUCUGGUUUGGAAUACUUGGAGUGCUUGGAAUACUUGGUGGGGGUGAACAUGGUGAAGAAGAAGAAGAUUAGUGUAAAUAUCAAAAACAUAUUUAUAAUUCCUUCAUUGCCAAAAAUGGACAAUUGUUGUUUUUGAUACUUCGAGUAAAAGGGUACUUUGUAUUUGUUAUUACGGGCAAAACAAAGGGUAUGCGACCCAAUAAAGUUUAAAUUC